AUGUCGACUACUACAUUAUCACCAUUUAUACAAGCAAUCAUCGUUCAAGAGUACAUUAAAUCAAUUCAAUCAUCUAAAAGAUUUUUAGAUAAAAGAUCAAGAGACAAGGCAACACGUAAUACUGAGCUAAAAGAAAGAGAAAAGAGAAAACGUUGCUCUGCGGACAAGAGAAAGCGACCGAUAUCCGGUCCAAAGCUAUGGUAUUUGUUGGAGAGAGGUAAACCUUACCCAAAGCUUAGACCUUAUAUUGACCACCGAGAACUGAUCAACCUUGCGUUGGUUUGUAGAUGGUGGUUGCAAGUGGUACGACAAACAAGAACAAAGAUCAAUAUACUCGGUUUCUUGGAAGAUGGUCUAUUUCGAGCAUUCUCGUCAUCAUACUCUGUCUAUGAUUCAAGUCUGGUUGAAACGUUAAAUUGGAAAGUGUUAGAUGAUCAUGAACAAGUACUUGGCAUCUACCAUGACAACUUUAACUAUAAACAAUUAGUACAACUGCUUCCACAACUAAAGACAUUAAACUUGGUAUGCAAGGGAGUUUAUUCAUGCAUCUUUAAAGGAGUUCACCAGAUUGUCAACGACUACCCACACAUCACUGUCAACUUUGAGCUGCAGUUGGAUGAAAUGGGACCGUUUGAUUGGCCAAUCGACGCAAAGAUUCGUAGCAACACGUGUGUAGUCAAGGUUGGCAAAUACAGUUAUAUAUACGAUUUGUUUGGCGACAACGAUGGGUUGGCUACCGAUGCUUUUCUAGAUUUUCUAGAGGAUAUCAAGCCGCAAUACCUCAACAUGCAUUUUGGCGAGAAACAUGCGCACAUCUCGUACCCAGAAAUAUUCAAACGAAUCAAAGAUACUUGGCACCUCAAUAUUGGAUCCGAUUUUGUGGAACCGGCCAAAUUUAAACAGUUGCUAGCCCACCCAUACAAACUAGAGUCUUUACGACUUGAAAUACCAGUAUGUUGUUUUGGCGACGAGUUGUGUGAUAUUCACGAUUCCUCAGACACCAUUAUUCAAGAAAAGGAUUGGAAUGAAUUUUGUCACAACCUAUCAAAUAAUACAACUCUGAAAAGAUUGAAUCUUGUAAACCAAUGUCUCGACCACGAUACCAAUUAUAUAGAAUCUUUUAAUCGACUCGAUACUAUUUGGAAUGACAAUCCACACGAAAAUGAAAGCAAGAUUGAAUUCCUAGAGUUGGAAAGAUUCGCGUCAUACAUUUCAUCACAAAUGUUUGAUGUUCUCUGUCACAACCAAUACAUCACCACUUUAAUGUUGACAGAGGGCACUUUGACAGAAUCAUUCUUACCAUCAUUCUCCAACAUGGUGUCGAUCAACACCACCAUCAAAACUCUUUCAAUCUCUGGUAAUUUAUUAAAAUCAACACAAGAUUUAUCAGUGGCGCUCAAGACAAACAAAUCAAUCACAGUACUGGACAUUACCCAAAACGAGUUUGAAAACAGUGCAGCCGAGUUGUACGAUGCUCUGCUGGUCAAUGAUAAAAUAGAAUAUUUGGUGGUUUGUCAAGCAAAUGAUGCUCAAGCAUCUAAUCUUCCCAAUUGUCAAUUCCAAGGAAUAGAUUUCUCUGGCUUCUCAAAGUCUGAAAUCAAUGGAACAGCAGUUGUCACUUAUAGUUCUGGGACUCCACCUUGCAAGUCAAGUGGUAGAGUCAGACAAAUCAAUAUGUAUUUACAAUGUGAGGAAGCAGGACCACCAAUGGUCAUCUCUGCAGAUGAACCAACUCCAUGUUUAUAUGAAGUAUUUUUAUCUGGUCCAUCUACAUGCCCAGUAGGUUCCUCAUCAUCAGGAUCAUCAAAGAAUGACUCAUAUGACUCUUUGGUUAUAUUAUCUGUCACUAGUGACAAUACUCCUAUCACCCUAUAA